CCGUGCUUUACCUUUCCAGAGUCGAUAAGAGAUUUUGAUAUCGAUAAAGAUGAUGCAGCUAAAAGAGACUAGCGUUGGGCGCUAUGUAGACGAGCGUCUCCUGAAACAGCUCGAGACGUUAAAAUAUCAUUGGGUGAAAUAGAUGUGGGAAACUUCCACACAUCGCAAAGUCACUGUCACAUCCCUUCCGCCCCUUUUCCUCGCGAAGCCUCGUCGAUUCUUUUAUUGUGUCCUCGGUCGGCGACUUCCUUAUUUUUCUAACCAAGCUAGAAACUCUGCUAUUCACUUUUUUAUUAUUAUUUUCAUCUUCUCGCAUAUCGCCGACAGGCCUCGUUGCCUCUAAUAACUUGCCCUAUACCGGUACCUGACGCGGCGGUUCUCAAGUGAUCAUGUCUAAUCUAUUUUCUGGGAUAAACGCUCGAUUGAGAGGGACUUCGGGCAAAGCCCAAGCUCAGAAUAUCGGCAUGGAUGAAUCCAGCAACGCAGGAGCCAAUGGCGACGACGUCCUCGGUGUUUAUCACCUGCCUCGACCUCUGCCUCUAUGGCUCAACGCACAAUACGCGAAGCAUAUCGUGAAGGGUAACUUCAUGACCUUGAGUGCCCGCCCGAAGACCGUGGAACAGGGGGAGUGGAUUGCUCAUCAAGUGGUUGAGCAUUACCGCAACCUCUGGAACUUCGUACGGGUGAUUCAUGAAAAAGAAGAAGAUGGCAGUACCAUCUGUAACCCCCAAACUUGCCCUCGGAUGUCCGCUGGCGCGAACCAUUCCUUCACAUGGCUGAACUACAAGCGGGAGCCCGUCGAGUUGCCGGCCUACGAGUAUAUCACGCUUAUGCAGCGGUGGAUAUCUGGAAAGAUCGACGACACGAAUAUUUUCCCUACUGAUACCAACGGCGUUUCUUACGCGCACAACCCGUCCAUCACCACGACGCCGCUCUCGCAACUAUCGAAUCCCGAAGACAAAGACUGGCUUGGAAAGGCCAGUGGGUUCCCUGAGAACUUUUUGGAAGUCUGCCAGACCAUCUUUAGACAGAUGUUUCGGGUAUACGCUCAUCUGUAUUGGGCGCACUUUAUCGAUCCGUUCUACCAUUUGAACCUCGAAAAGCAGUUGAACAGCUGUUUCAGCCACUUCGUGCUGACAGCCUGCGCGCUGGACAUGCUGAAGCCCCAAGAGUUAGAGCCUAUGCAACCGUUGAUUGACCUAUGGGCGGCCAACGGUACUUUCCCGCCUGGCUCCAAGGCAUAUGAGUAUUCCAACCAGAAAGCCGGAGAGCGAUUGAUGCAGCUUGCGAAUGUCGCUUAGGGUGCGCCUCGCCAUCAUAUUGCACGACGAUGGUAGCCGUUGAAGGCUGAUAUGCCUGAGGCAUUGGUCCGGGAUUGAGUAGCGGCCGGAUCUUCUAUACAACUAGCCUAGGACGGCGAGCAGUACGGAAGGAGAAGGGAAAAAGAAGACCCAUAAUAUCGCCUCGUACACACCGCAAAUGGAUAUCCUGAAAUUGAGGAGUUGGCACGAGGCGUUUUCGUUUUGAGAUUUGACUAAGGAGAAUCAGCUCGCGACGCACGGGAAGAAGAGUGCGGAUGGAUUCGGUUGGCAAAUAACGUUCGUAUGAAACGACGUACCACUUUCUGCGAUAACGACGCGAUACGAUAUGGUGCGAGAUUUUGCAUCUCGAGAGUUCUAUAGCAUAGACGCAGCAUUACUACUUAGGUAGAGAAUGAGACAAGAUAAUCGAUAACUACACUACAUAGAUGCUAGAUAGAUCCAUGCUGCUGCUCGUGUGGCAUAUUACCUAUCUGACCUACCU